CGGUAUGUAACAGUCUCGCAAACGACGAACUUACUUCAGUCAAGCCUUGAGCUUUGUGGUGCGUUUGAUCAGCUUAGCGGUAGUGAAGCUCGACCGAGGUGUCUGAAAACACACGGUAACGAUGACCAGCCCCGCGAAAUUAUUCUGCCUGACGAGCUGCGCGGUUUUUUUGAUGAGCUCCUGCCGAUCGGAAGCAGCUGUGAGAAAUGAGAAAUUUAAGAUACUCGGGGUUUUCCCUCACCCAGGUAAAAGUCACUACGACGUAUUCGCGCCUCUGAUCGAGGAACUGGCUCGCCGAGGUCACGACCUUACCGUGCUUUCGCAUUUUCCGAGUAAGGAAAAACUCCCCAAUUACAAGGACAUAAGUUUGGUGGGCGAAACUGGAAUUUAUCUGAACGUCGUCGAACUCAGCAUGCUGAACCAUGGACCGUUCCACGCAAUUUACGAGCUUGCGAUGUUGAAAACAAUGGCCGUCGCCGGUUGCGCAUCCAUCCUGGAAAAGCCGGACGUAAAGAAAUUGAUAAAUUCCGAUGAAAAGUUCGACCUCGUCAUUGUCGAGGCAUUCAACACCGAUUGUCCGCUGGGUUUUGUACACAAGUUCAAAGCUCCGUUCAUAGGCAUCUCCUCGUCACAAAUAAUGCCCUGGACGCAUCAUCGCUUGGGAAAUCCUUCCAAUCCCAGUUACGUUCCGGUCAUAUUAAAACAAUUGGCUCCAGACAUGAGCUUUUGGGAGAGAGUUACGAACGCCGUGCAUCUCGUAGCUGUUCGACUCGCGUACGAUUUGUUCUUCAUGAGAGAGACACAGGUGCUCGUCGAAGAGGCGUUUGGACCCGGCGUACCGCCGCUGGACGAUAUUGCCAAAAACAUGUCGGCACUGCUUAUAAAUAGUCAUUUCUCUCUGCACGGAUCGGUGCCAACGAGUAAGCAAAUCGUCGAAGUUGGCGGAUUGCACAUUCGCGGAAGCAAACCAUUGCCGAAACACAUCAAGGACUUUUUGGACUCCGCCGAGAAAGAAGGCGUGUUGCUGUUCAGCUGGGGUUCGAUGAUCAAGACCUCCAGUAUGACGAAGGAAUUGUUGGAUAUGAUCGUUAAGGUCCUUGCGAAUCUCAAGCAGAAAGUUAUCUGGAAAUGGGAAUCGGAUCUGCCCAAUUUGCCGAAGAACGUCAUGAUACAGAGUUGGCUACCGCAAUACGAUAUUUUAUCUCACCCGAACGUCAAGGGUUUCCUAACUCACGGAGGAUUGUUAGGUGUUUCCGAAGGUAUCGACCGUGGAGUCCCGAUGUUGGUGGUACCUAUGUACGGAGAUCAAGGUCUCAACGCAGCUGCAGCGGCCGCCAGAGGUGCGGCGAUUAUCUUACAGUUGGAGGACCUCACCGAGAAAACACUGAGCGACGGUCUGAAUGAGAUUUUGAACAACCCGAGAUAUCGCAGGGACGCGAAAGCAGUUUCGGAGGCCUACAGGGACCGGCCGUCCUCAGCUUUGGAAACUGCCGUCUGGUGGACCGAAUACGUUGCCCGCGGUAAAGGCGUUCCAUUUCUCCCAAGUGUCGCCACACAUUUGUCCUUCGUCCAAUACUACCUGCUGGACGUGAUCGCCUUUCUUCUACUGGCCACAUCGGGCGUAAUAUUUAUCAUAUUUUUUGCCAUCAAGGCUCUCCGCGGAAGGAAAGUUGGCGGAAGUGCAACAACUGCGGGAAAGUCGAAUGGCGUGAAAAAAAGUGAAAUCGACAAAAAGAGGGCUUGAAAAUUGUCGGACUACCGAUUCUAACGUCGGCCGUUACUUUUUAAAGCUCUCCCAUGCGGUUCGUAUAACUUAAUAUAUCGGUUAUUCUCGAAGCCCAUUGCUCCGCGUCAUUUUAUAGGACAACGGAGGAUUCCCGGCAUCGGAGUCGCUCCGUAGAAACGUGGCGAAAUUCCAACGUAUAGACGACCUUAUUAUUUGUCCAAAAGUAAAAUAAGAAAAAAACAAAAAACAAAAAAAAAAAAAACAAAGAGAGAACCAUGAACAGAUCGAAAACUUCUCCACUUUUCGUUGCGGGGCCGUUACUUUUCGAUUCUUUUUGUUCGAACUGUCUCAAAGUAGAAUAAAGACUCGAGUAUUUGUACUCACCGUACCUCCUAGUUCAAAGUGUAUUUCCAAUUUUUUUUUCCCCUUCGUUUUCGUUUCACCGGGAAAAUUAUAUUCUCGCGUCAAUCACGUUGACGAACGGAGGAAAACAAAAGCCCGAAUACCGAACUACGGUAUUCGGAAUUCUAUUCACAGAUCGAAAAUCUCCGUAUGAUUCGAUGUUAUCGUUAUUCGGUUACGUUCACAGUAACGUAUUCUAAUAAUAUCAAAUUACCAAAACUGUUGACACAAAUACGCUGUACAAACUUGUUAUCAUUGUCGUACAAAUAUGAAAAUCGUUGCAGAAUAUUUGGUGAUAAAAUGGAAUAAAAAAAGAGAAAGAUGGAUGAAAAAAAAAAAAAUAUACCGAGUCCUUUCUGUGUGUACACGGUACAUAAUAUUCCCUUUGCACGAAAUACCAAAGGUUCGAAGUUAUCGACGUCAGAACUGGAGUCAGAGUAUCGCAUCGAAUAAAUGUGCGGUGUAUACGAA